AUCCUCCGAGCUGAUGAUCGCUGCUCCGGAUCGGAGUGGGCUAUUCCCAAUUUAUUAACGAAAUAACAUUUGUCAUAUGACACUCUAAACAAAUGAAUAGAGUAUCACGUGCCUGUUUUGUGACGACAAUUACUUAAUUUUAUCAACAAAGAAAAAAUAGGCGUAUUUAUAAUACGUUACUUAGGCAAAGACUGUAAAGAGUAUAAUGGCUUAUGUAGAAUGUAAAAUUUGGCCUUUUUCUGGUGAUAUAGAUCAUAUGGAAAAGCGUUGCGAAGCAAUGAAAGAGGGUCAUACCCACUAUACCGCUAAGGCUUUAAUCGAUACUUCAGUUUGCAAUAAUUUUAUUAGAAAAAACGUGGCUGAUAAACUUGGAUUGAAGUAUGCCAAACCUUCCAAAAAUAUCUUGAAGAUAGUACCGAAUGCAUUAGGUUUUAUAGACUGUCUAGAUUUAUCUUUAAAAAUCAAAGGGGAAGAUAGUUUAGUGACAACUGAUUGCGAUGACCCCUUAAACGAUUUUGUGGUGGUCGAAGAACCUAAAGCUGAUCUUGUAUUCGAAUUAAAAUGGCUGUGGUUACGAGAAGCAAAGAUUGAUAUACGGAAAGAUGGGAUAAGGAUCUAUGGUAAAUUUGUGCCAUUCUUAUUUAAGGAUCCGAAUACUGGAGAAUUUUUACCUGAGCAAAGCUCACGAAGUAAGCUCAGAUUUGAUAAACAGAUCCACGAAGUGAGCUCUGUGAUAUAUCCGAAGGGUACAAACUUAUUAGAAAAUCGGAUGGAAACCUCUUCGAUCAAUCUCCAACUGACUAUAUUUUUACUUCGUACCCUCUGGGUAAAUACUUUCUGCUUUGAUCGCCUCCUCUAUUGCGUUUUCUAUCUCAUUAGUGACCAUAGGUCGUUCCUCUUUGGAUAACUCGUAAUAUAAUUUGUAUAGGUGUUCUACACUUUUGAGAAGAUUUUUCUUAUUCGCAUACCAUUUUCUGUAUCUCGUUAUUUUUAUAUUAUACGCCUCAUCAUCUGGAAAUAGCAUUACAGCGACAUUUCUUACGUAUUCAUCGGGAUUCUCUUCUUGCCGUAGUCUGCUCACGUAACCAGCAUAUUCUCUUAUAAACUUACUGUCCUUCCUGUAUCGUAAACGAAAUCCUUCUUCCAUUAUUUUGAUCUGUGCUUUUUCUAUGUCUUUCCAUGUGAUU